AAGGUUCAUUUUGCUGAUUUUGGUAUGGCACGUAGGGAUAAAAUGCAGCUGUCCUAUUCUGUGGCUGUACUACUUUGGUUGAAAUGAUCUGCGACUGUUCAUCCUACGAUGCAAAUGACGGCAGCACGCAAUUCGUGAAAAACGUUCGCGCGCGACAAACACAUGUGCGCGACCUUGCGCCAUAAACACACGUUUUAGUUCCAAGAACCAAAUUCAACAAAAACUUUUUGAUUUUUUGUUUUUAAAACUAUUUUCUCUGUAUAAAACACUGCGAUAACUUGUUUCCGUAAUGGAGGACGACAGUACGCCUGAUUCUUGGGACGCUAUUGACGAUUCCACGGAAACCAGCGAAGAUUUAUCAUCUGGUAUACAGUCUUUGAAUGUCAAUGCUAGGCCAUUUAUUCCCAACGUAAAUGCACCGGUUUUCGUCCCAUCUUUUGGCCAAAAGACGAACACAAAUGGUAAGCAAAGAUACACGAUUUGAAACGUUAUUUUUUGCGAUUUAACAGGUUUUUAUGUGUUUACAAAUUAUAAUUGUAAAAUGUGUAGAUAAUUUGGUUUGUUUAUCUUGCCAAUUUAUUAUUAUGUUUAUAUUGUAUAUUUUCAAUAUUUUGUUAUAUUUUUUCUCAGUCCAAUUAUUAUAUAUUUGAUUAUAACUUUCACCGUAAUAGUUAAUUUCAAAACAUAGUAGUAUUUUUGCACCCUUUAAGUGGCAAUGUGCCCUGAUCAAUCCUUCUUUAUUAUUUUACUCUGGCUAUUGCCAGAUAAUUUUACAUGUCAAGGAGAAAGUGCUCCCAUUCAGUGGGUUAAACUGCAAUGCACCCAAAUGCACCUGAGUUUACUAUUUUACUUUGUCUAAUGCCAGACAAUUUUACUCAUUAUUAAGGGGACAUUCUUGCACAUAUUUAACCCUUUGGGUGGCAAUGCACCCUACUUUAUUAUUUUACUCUGUCUAACGCCAGACGAUUUUACUCGUCAGGGGGAGAGUGCUGCCACUCCAUGGGUUAAUCAGAUUAUCUGCCUACGUACCCUCUUAACCCUUUAAGUGGCAAUGUGCCCAGAUGUGCCCUACUUUAUUAUUUUAAUCUGUCUAAUGCCAGACUAUUUUACUUGUCAGGGGGAGAGUGCUGCCACUCAAUGGGUUAAUUAAAAACAACAAUCUAAUUAUAGUUACAACUACUAAAAUCAUUACCUGAUACACCUUUUCGAUAAUUAUGUCAUGACUGCUUCCUUGGCCUGGGAGCGUGAAUCGACAAGAACGGCUAUUGGCUCGCGAUUCACAAGAAUACGAGAAUGAGGCUCCCAGGUCAUUUGUGACGUAAUUAUCGAAAAGGUGUAUUUAUUUAGCACUAAUAAAUCAAAACGAUGCAUAAAUAUGGCCUGAUAUGCAUGACUGUUAUUUUGGCCCAAGGGGCAUUUGAUCAAUUUCAAGUCCCCCCAGUGCAUGUUUUGUACCAAUAUUUGAUACAAAAUGACAAGUGCCCAUGGGGGACGGACCUAACAUAUGGAAUUGAUUCAUAUAUAGAGGAUAUUACACGGCAGCCCGAAGAUAUGACUUUUUAUCUUUGAGUGGUGAAAACAAUAUUUUACGAAUGAGCGCAGCGAGUGAGUAAAAUAUUGUUUUUAACACAAGAAGAUAAAAGUCAUAUCUUCAAGCCACUGUGUAAUGUUUUGUUUAUUAUAUAGUCCCAAGCAAAAAAUUGUAUAAAUACUGGUACUAAAAGUCACGUGAUCGAUAUCUCACUAGUGAAGAUAUGGAAAAUAUGUCACUGUGUAUUUCUCAGUGUCUCACUCUCUACUAUUAAUAUAAUAAAUUGUAUUAUUUUAGCGCCAUUGACUAAACCUAUUGCUGACAUAAAGGAUGAUACACCUGAAGUUGCUGAUAAGAAUGAUGAUCUGGAUAAACUGACUGGUAAUAUUGCUAAUAAUCUAACAUAUUUGUAUGUUAUAAAUUUCCUUGAAAUAAUAUAUAUCUUGCGUUGUCCAUUAUGGGGGGAUAGACAAAAAGAAACAUUUCUCAUAGACAAGCAGAAUAUGUACAUUGUACAAUAAUCGCCAAAGUUUGGUCGAAACAAAACUUCAAUAUCUUUUAUAGAUUUUAAAAUUUCAACAGACCAUAUGAGUCACUAUUUAGGAACGGUUACUAUUUUUAGACUUUUAGGGUUAGGAUUAGGGUUUGGAUUAGGGAAAGGAUCACGAUUAGGAUUAAGAUUAGGGUUAGGAUCAGAGUAAGGGUUAGGAUUAAAAUCAGGGUUAAGAUUAGAGUAUGGAUUAAGAUUAGGGUUAGGAUUAAGAUUAGGAAUAAGAUUAGGGUUAGGAUUAGAGUAAGGGUUAAGAUUAUGAUUAAGAUUAGGAUUAAGAUUAGGGUUAGGAUUAGAGUAAGGAUUAGGGUUAGGAAGGGUUAGGAUUAAGAUUAGGGUUAGGAUUAAGAUUAGGGUUAGGAUUAAGAUUAGGGUUAGGAUUAAGAUUAGGGUUAGGAUUAAGAUUAGGGUUAGGAUUAAGAUUAGGUUAAGUAGUAGUUUGCACCCCCUACAAAUUGACCUAUAGAGAAUUCCAUUGUGUUUGCACCCCUUGCACUAUUGUGCUUCGUUAUGGCAUCGGAAACCUUGAAUCCUCUUAUUAGUAACUCUUCUAAAAUGUGACAGGUAUACAACAGACAUAACUACAGGUCUGCAUUUUGAGGAAAAUAAGGGUGGAUUGACGGAAUUUAUAACAAAAAAUUGUCGGAUUUGCAUACCCCUAUUCACACUCCCCCCCAUAAUAUAUACAGUGUACAUGUGUGUAAUUAUUGGUAACUUUUAAUUCUUGUAUUUUAAAAAAGAAAAUGAGCCGGAAGUUUCCAAUGAAGAAGCUAACAACGGAACAGAAGAAAACAAAGAUGAUAAUGAAGUGUCUGGUAAUUAAACUGUUUACGUAAAAAAUAUAAUAAUCACAAAUGAAAAGCCAGUUGAUGGUUAUUUCAGCUAAUUUUGCCCUCAGCUGUUACAUAUUAUACUAUAUUUCUUGCAUCUUGGACAGACAUAGACUUGCUCUAAGUCGACCUCCACUGGAAAUUCCUUACUCUUUUGUAAAUUACUUCGAUUAGAAGUAAAGACAGAGAAGGACUUUAUUAAAGUCUAGGGCAGACACUACAGAAGGUUUAUGUAAUGAAUUUAAAUUGCAAACAUGUUCCUUCCCAUCUGUUGUUGUGGAUCCUUAAAAGUUUUUUUGGCUCAGUAGGCAUACCAUCUUGGUGUAUGGGGUUCGUUGGCACAAUCAUCAGAGCGAGUGUCUUUUACCUGUGAGAGAGUGGGUUCGAUUCUCGCUGCGGGCCCAUGUGAAAAGAGUCUGUCAAUGCUCUGCCGAAAGUCGUGGGUUUUCUCUUGGCACUCCGGUUUCCUCCCACAGGGGAAGUUGACAGGGUGGGUUAGGAUAAACAUAGUUAGGAAAGUAAUGUCACAAUUGUUGUAAAAGAUAAUUAGCCUAGGUUAAGUAGAUAAUACAAGUAAGUGUAAUACUUGGUGUAAGGGGUCUCUGCAUGCUUACUACUAACCUCCACCCCCAACACACACACCCUCAUAAGCUUAAUAUGAUUUCUGUAUGGUUGUUAGAACAUUGACACACACACCCUCAUAAGCUUAAUAUGCUUUCUGUAUGGUUGUGAGAACAUUGGCACCAGGGCCGGAUUAACGUCGUGCGAGGCCUGUGGCAGAUUUUCAGCGUGAGGCCCCCAACCCCCCCCCUCCCCCCCUCAGUAUGAAAACCUAGGGCCCUAGAUGCGCAAGAUAGCUAAAUUCGCGAGGCAUCUUAAUUCGCGAGGCACCCAAAAUGGGCGUGUCCCAAUAGAAAAUGGACGUGUUCUCGUAAAAAUGGGCGUGGUACAGUAAAGCGUGAGGCCCCCAUAAGCGUGCUCAAGGCCCGCGGCAUAUGCCGCAUCUGCCACGUGGUUAAUCCAGCCCUGAUUGGCACACACACCCUCACAGUAUUUUCAUAACUUUCUCUCAUUGUUGCAGAAGAACUAACAGACAAUGCUCUUGAUGACGAAAAGCCAACAGAAACAACCAAAGUAAAACCAGCACCAGUAGAGGAAGAAGAUUCAAAAGAACACAUCAACAUCGUCUUUAUUGGACAUGUUGGUAUGUUUACUGAGUAGUACAUUCAUUCGUGAUUGACCGAUUGUGCAACUAUCGGAAAUUACCGAUUAUUGUAAUUAUAAUUACCGAUUUAUAAUGACGUCGUAAUAUCAGUCGACUGAGUAAAGGUGACAUUAUUCAUGUCGAUUUUUUAAUGAUAAUUUUCAACGUAACUUGUUACUUCAACCAAAGAUCGUUAAAACUGUUAAUAAAUGCUUUGCUUACAAAUCUCACAGAUCUCCACUCUGUCCAGUCACUAAUGUAAUGUAAAAAUUAUUGUUACCGUAGUUAUUGUCAGUUCACCGCAAUGAGCCUAUUGGUGUGGUAUAAUGGAUUUUUAAAAUUUAAGUGUGUUGUUUUUAGAUGCUGGAAAGUCAACGAUAGGAGGACAGGUUUUGUAAGUUUUGAAAUUUUUUACUUUAAUUAUUUCCAAAGAAGCGUUUGAUUAUUUAUUUGGUAAACAUUUUUUGAUAGCAAAUGUAAUGAUUUUAUAGUUGGUUUUUUAGCAGGCACGGAUUUUCUGGGGGUUGGGGGUGGGGGGGUGGCACACCCCCCAGAAAUGAUUUGCACCGACCCAAAGGCAUUUGGCACCCACCCCCACAAAUUACAUAUAUUUUGAUUUGAUAGUUUCAUAUUUGAUUAUUCUUACUACUAAAUUUGUAAAAUUACCAAUAUUAUGGUCUCAGAUCUCGCCAUGCAGGCCUAGAAAACAAAUUUUGUUAAACUUUUUCCUUGGCUUUUCUGGGCGUUGCCACCACGCCCGGCCAAAGCAAGCAGCAGCACCCCCAGAUAUUUAUCCCCCCCGAACGAAAAUAUGAAAAUCCCUCUCUGUUUUGUAGGUACCUUACAGGACAAGUUGACAAAAGAACUCUUGAGAAAUACGAACGAGAGGCGAAAGAGAAGAAUCGAGAAACAUGGUAAUUGCUUGGCACUGCUAAUAUUUCUCCAGAGUUCACUCGUGUUGAGCUUGUCGUGAGAGAUGAGGCAGCACUUCCCAUGCAAUAGUAAAGCCGGUUAAAGACGAGCAAGUUUUCUAUGACAAGUUUUUAUGUGACAAGUUUUAUUUGCCAAGUGCACGUGUGUAUAUGCAAGAAAUUUUAUAUGACAAGUUUUCAUAAUACAAGUUUUAUUUACUGGCGUGAACGUGUCAGAAAAAGGUGUUUAUUGCCGCUAUGACAGAAAAAUGAUAAUGUCCGCUAGCCAAUCACAUCAAAUGCUCAGAUUACUUUGACAAGUUUUCUUUGUUGACCCAUACAGACGAACAAAAUUUGUACUUUGACAAGUUUUUCUAUGACAAGUACACUUGUUCAAGCCAGUUUUUGAACAAGUGCACUUGUCAUGGAAAAAAAUGUCAAAGUUGCAUGUACAGACAAGCAAAUAAAACUUGUCACAUAAAAACUUGUCAUAGAAAACUUGCUCGUCUGUAACCGGCUUAACUCCCAGUAAAUUAAAUAUUAUGUCAAAACAUGAACUAACUAUUUUGCCACUGACAGACAUUAAUAUGUGCCAAGUUUGACACUUUUCUUUAUUAAUCAAGGUAUUUAUCAUGGGCAUUAGACACAAACCAAGAGGAGAGAGACAAGGUACUAGGCUUUGGACAGUAAUAACAACAGCAGCAACACAGAAUAGGGGACACAGAAGGUCGCCUCAAGUAACCGCUGCCACGCCAUGAUUCAUCAUCAAAAUGCUGACGCCAUGGUCCUAGCCAGUGCACGUUUGAGAGGCAUUCCCCCCUGGACGUCCACCAUUUUGAACAUUAUCAGGGGGUGAAUGCCUCUCAAACGUGCACUGGCUGCGACCAAGGUGUCAGCAUUUGAUGACGAAUUACGUGUUACGCCAAAAUCAUAGGAAAAUCAUAGGAAAAACCAAGUAGUCAGCCUUCUGUGUACCCUACUCUGUGCCAGCGACAAUAGCAAUACCGACAACUGAUAAAUUGUUAAAUGUAGCAGAAGUUCACAAUGUUGUAUUAACUGAUCAGAGGGUCUUGCAAAAAUGGUGCCAGGCAUCAUGACCUGGGGACUGCCGACACUCCCCCCCCCCCCCUUGGGUACAUUCGACACCGGUUGGUAAGCCACCUGACUAAACGUAACGUAUGGCAUUCUAGUGGCUAGCACUAGUGAUUGACCGAAUGCAUCACAAUCGGAAAUAUCGGAAAUUGUAAGCUUGGGAUUGAUAGGGAUGUAACUACAGUACCUGUAAAAUACAAGGAAAACUUCGACAUUUUGAGCGAAGGCUCUUCGUCGGGUACUAACUUCCCGACGUAGGGCCUUCUCUCGAAACGUCGACUUUCUCCUUGUAUUUUUCAGAUAGUUACAUCCCUGUCAAUGUCAAGCUUAUUGCCACUACCUACACUGGCACACACAAGAUAAUAUCGGAAAUUACCGAUUAUUUGUGCAUCAAUCUACACACGCAAAAAUCUCGCAUCUUGUAACAAGUCUGCCAACAAGCCGUCAGCAAGUUGUAUUUGCAUUGCUCGUAACAAGUUGUCAACAGGUUUGGAACAACUUGUGACAACCAUGUCGAUAUUAUCAAACUUGUUGCAAGGUUGUUCUAACAAGUCCGUUACAUGCUUGAUAUAACAAGAUUGUUACAACCUUGUGUUGACAACCUUGUAACAUCCUUAUUUCAUGACUGUAACAAACUUGUUAGCACAGUCUUGUAACAAGGCUGAUAAUGCCAUCAAGCUUGUUACAAGUUGUUAACAGCUUGUUUCAAACUUGUUACAAGCAGUGCGAAGACAACUUGUUGACAGCUUGUGAACAGACUUGUAACAACUUGUUUGUAGACUUGUUACAAGCUGUGCGUUCUUACGUGUGUACCCGAUACCGAUUUUACCGAAAUACAGAUAAUUCUACCGAUUCCGAAUUUGUCUGCCGAUAAUGCCAAAAUCGGCCCGAUACCAAUUAUCGGUCAAUACCAAUUAUCGGUCUUUACACUACUGCAUAGCCUUUCAUUGUAGCCAGUAAUUUCUCUACAGUAAUUAAACACUUUACAUCAGGGUAAAACCGUGGAAGUUGGUCGUGCACAGUUUGAAACUAGCCAGAAGAAAUUUACGUUAUUGGAUGCACCUGGUCAUAAAAGUUUUGUACCAAACAUGAUCGGUGGAGCCGCUCAAGCUGAUCUAGGAGUCUUGGUAAGGAUUUUAACCUGUAUAGGCUGUAGCCACAUAUGUUGUUGUACUUGUAUGAACUAAAAGCCUCCGCAGAAGAGAGGGCAAAAGGCCUUCAUUAGAGAGUUGAUAUUGUCGAUUUCAAGUCACUUCAUUGUGAACUUGCCAAUUACUGUACGUUUCCAAGUUUGGAACAAAUUUUGCAAGUACAUUUCAAUGUUUGAACUUCGUUUGUAAACAAAUAUUCAUACUCAACAAUAAUAACCAAUUCAAUGAAAUACAAACCAUCUUGGUAGACCACUGGACCAAGAACUUUCCAUUGAAUUGUUAAUUUCAACUUGAACUAUCACUUGUUUAAAGUAGAAGUUCAAACAUUGAAAUGUACUUGCGAACUUUGUUGCGAAGUUCACCCCCAAUUUUUGAACUUGGAAACGUAAUUGGCAAGUUUGCAAUGAACUUGGGAACCGCGCGUUGAAAAGUGACUUGAAAUCGACAAUAAAGAACGCUAUUUAUUUCAGGUGAUUUCAGCAAGGAAAGGUGAAUUUGAAACUGGUUUUGAAAGAGGUGGACAAACCAGGUAACCAUAAAAUAAUGCGGAAAGUUUUCCUGAGUGGAAAUGGACCUGAAGAAUUGACUUCGGAAAUCUUUUCCUGAUGUUUCUCUGAGAAAUGGUUCUGUAAUAUAGAUGUAACUGUAUUAGUAUUUUGCAUCAAUAGAGAACACGCCAUGUUGGCAAAGACUGCGGGGGUAAAACACUUGGUCAUUCUUAUUAACAAAAUGGACGAUCCUACGGUCGAGUGGGAACAGGCAAGGUAAAGAAAUUUGCAUAUUGUUGACCCUCGGGCUUUAGAUUUUGCAUUCUUCAAUAUUAAAUGCAACAGUAUACAACAAAUGUAUAAAUAUUUUAUAUUUAAAAUAAAUAUUUUAUAAAUAAAUAUUUUAUUUGUAUAAAUAUUUUAUAGUUAUUUUUAUAUUUAUUUUUAUAUUUGUGUUUCCACAAACAAAACUAUUAUAUUUUAUCGCCAUGCAAACAUACAAAGAACUUAUUUUAUAUUUGUUUAGAUAUGAGGAAUGUAAAGAUAAGUUAAUCCCAUUCCUAAAGAAAGUUGGGUUUAACCCAAAAACAGGUACUGUAUAUGAUAUGAUAUACUGUAUAUGUAAAUGUAAUAUAUCUUUAUAAUAAAAAAUCCCAUCUUGAUCAACUUUUUCACUGUUAAAGUUUCCGGAUAUGAUGUCAUUGGUGAAUUGCAAAUUAGUUUUCCUUUGUUUAUUGUACCGAAAAUUCACCUAAUGACAUCAUAUCUGGAACUUUGACAGUGAAAAAUUUGAUGAAGAUGAGGUUUUUUUAUUAUAAAGACACAUUUCAUUUUUUCUCAGAAUGACCCAAAUAUUACACAUACCAAAAAUUAUAUUUGGAGUUACUCGAUUUUCUUGGUUUCAACUUUCUAUAUCACAGUUUGAAAAGCAGUCUUAACUCGUUGAGCACCAUCGCUCUCCGCUCGAUGAGUAAAAUGGUUUGGCAUCAGACAGAGUAAAAUAAUGAAAUAGGCGCAUUAUGCACAAUGCAACUCAAUGCGUGGGUUAACUAGACACAUGGGCAGAUAGUCUGAUUAACACCUUGAGCGCCAGCGUUUCUCCCCUUGACGAAUAAAAUCGUCUGGCAUUAGCAGAGUAAAAUAAUAAAGUAUAGGUGCAUUAUGGCCGAGACCAUGACACCGGAAUUCGACAACGCCGCGCGACUUUUCAGUUUUUGAGCGGUAAUAAAACAGCCAAUGAAAGGAAAUUUUAGAAGGUAUGUAGACCAAAAAACUCGAAAUGUUAUAGCGCUUCUAAAUAUUUGAAAAACUUAAACCAGGAUCAAAGUUAUCGGUCAGUGAAAAUUGAAAAAUCGCGCCGCGUUAUCGAAUCGCGUCCGCCGUCCGGUGUGUCUCGGCAUUAGAGACCUUACGAUUUUAGGACGGUAACACGACGGCGACAGCCAAAACAAACUCUUUCAAAUAAAUGGUAGUAAAAAUAGUUCGUCGUAUAUUAUCAAUCUGAAGAAGAAGAAGACAUGGGUUUUAUGGUUGGGAAGAGUUCUGCUAAACCCAGUUCGAAGUUGCACUUGUUGCGGCUUGAAAUGCAGCCGUUGUAUCAAGACGUGAAAAUCUGUGAUUUAGCGUUGUAAACAGAGCGAGGGCAAUGUCUAAAUUAUUCAUAUAUUGUAAUUAUUCAAUUCUUUUCAAUGAUCUAUUGUAUUGGUAGCCGUUGCCGUCCUAAAAUCGUAAGGUCUCUAAUUAGUCAACAAUGCAACCUGAUGUGUUAAGACUGAAAAGUCUAAGACAUUUUAAGAGGCAAAAGACUGCUAAUUACAAGACGAAAAAGUAAUUAAGAGUAUAUUUUCGGUUGUAAUUUUAGAUAUGCAUUUUAUGCCAUGUUCGGGUUUAACCGGUGCGAAUAUAAAAGAGGAACUUGAUCCCAAUGUUUGUAAAUGGUAUAGGUAAGUCAUUUGAUUUAAAAGGAAUUGGCAAUAAAAAUGACGCAGUGGUUAUUCGUUCCAAUGUUAAGAUCCUAUUCGUCCUACGAGGUGGGUGGUAGCCCCACUUCGUUCACCCCUCGUGUCUGUCACUUCUGGGUCUAGGUUAUAUAAUUCGAACUAACAUAUAUGGUAAUUCUUUUUAGCGGGAAACCAUUUCUGACUUAUAUCGAUGAGCUACCGAAUCUUCAACGAUCCAAUUCUGGUCCCGUACGGUUACCAGUGGCUGAGAAAUAUAAAGAAAUGGGCACCAUGAUUCUAGGAAAAUUAGAGUCUGGGAUGAUAUCAAAAGGACAAAAUCUAAUGCUAAUGCCGAAUAAGGUAUUGCCAACUGACUUAUAUCAUACAGUAAUUCAGUGCCCGUAAAGUAACGCGUGACAAAUGCUAAAAUAAGUUUCGACUUCUGAUAGUUGUGAACUUGUAUUUCAUUAAGUUGUGAGUGAGUCACUUGCACAACCUGCAGCAGACUUGUAGCAAUGCUGUUCCAAUAGCUUGUCAACAGGAUGUGUUCGCAUUGUUUGUUCCCAGCUUGUUGACAAGUGGUCAACGGCUUGUUGGCAAUUUGCUACAAGGUUGUUGAGCCCAACAGGCUUGUUACAAGUUGUGACAAACUUGCAGCAGACUUAUAGCAAUGCUGUUCAAACAACUUGUCAACAGGAUGUGUUCGCACUGCUUGUUCCCAGCUUGUUGACGGCUUGUUCGCAAUUUGCUACAAAGUUGUUGAGCUCAACAGACUUGUUACAAGUUAUUUACGAGUGACAACCUUGUAGCAACUUGAUACAAUAACAGCAUCGUUACAACUUGUUGACAAGCUUGCUACAAGCCUGUUGCGAACACAUCUUGUUGACAAGUUGUGAGAUUAGCUGUAAGCGGACUUGUAGCAAUGCUGUACCAACAACUUGUCAACAGGAUGUGUUCACAUGCUUGUUGACAAUUUGCUACAAGUUUGUGGAGCUCAGCAGACUCAACUGUGAAACUCGUUAAUAAUUCAUGAAGAAAACACAAAAGAAAUCAUGAGCGUGAAGGGGUUAUACAUCUGAUACAGAAAUCAUGCUGAUUCACAUAAACUUUAAGUUUAAUUUUUCAAAUAAGACAAAGUUAAUUUGUAUUGCCAUAUCCCACUCUCCUCCGCAGAAUUAUAUUACUUGGGAAACAAAUUACGUAAUUGUUAGUUAAACGCGCUAGGUAUGAUGGGAAGACGGAAGCUUCGUUACAUUUUGUCAACCAUCGAUCUCACCCCACUCCAUUAACUCUGAUCUCACCCCCACCCCCCGUCGCGCACCACUAAAUGUCCUCUACUAUCCCUACAUUAUCCCUACAAAUCCUAUAUAAUUCAGACUCUGCGGAGGAGAGUGGCCAUAUCCCUUUAAGAACUCGUAAAGUGUGGUUAACAGACGCAAUUGGUUAAUCCCUUGUCAGGUGUCCGUGGAAGUAAUGACGUUAUUUUCAGAUGAUUAUGAAACGGCGCAAGCAUAUUGCGGCGAGAAUGUCAAGGCGAAAUUAAAAGGGGUCGAGGAAGAAGUAGGUUUAACUUUCCGAUUUCUGGAGAUGCACAUCUGAGUACACCUCUAGAUUUUUGUUUCGCGUUUGACCUGAACAAUAGAUUUUGCUGUUUAUAGCCCCUUUAGCACAGUAUGAACAAUUGCUUUAUUUGUUUCAUUUCAGGAUAUAUCGCCAGGGUUUGUCCUUUGUGAUCCUUCAUCACUAUGUCAUACUGUCAGAACAUUUAAUGCACAGGUAUAUAUAAAACCGAACUAAGCUAGCGCAGGUCUCAAAUUUCAUUGAUUAUAUUAUCGUUUUCAAAAAGUUUCAAAACGUUUUCAAAAAAUUUCAGCACGCACUGGCGUGCACACGUAUCUGGAUUCGUUACGUUUUCAAAAGCUUUCACGUUAAUGAUAAAUGUUUAGUUUGUUGUAAGAUAUGCCUUAAUUUCAGGAUUUAUCAGUGAUUGCAUGAGCUAGAUAUAUCUUUGGAAUAAUGCGGUUCUACUCCAGACCUAUAGUAUUCGAAAAAUUUAGUCACCCGAUACAGUAUCUUAUAUGGAAUUAGAUAGUCAUAUUAUUACAUCAAUUUAUAUAAAGUAAGAAGCGCCAUAGUAAGUAGCAUGGCCGAAAUAGCAUCAAUGGCCAAAAGCAGGCCAUAUUUUAGAAAUGGCAGGCAAAAACAAAUUUGAACUGCCAAAGCAAAAAAAAUGGCAGAUGAAAUUAUAUAGAUAUAUUUCAUUUCCAUACCACAACUCAUAAUUUAGUUGACUAAAUACGUUUACAUUUGAAAUGUAAAUCCAAGUUUACUGUAGUAAAAUAGACAAGUUUAAAAACAAUAAAAAUGCAUAUCAUGAAAACAUUGAUUUUUACAAUAUGACUCAUAUGAGACAUCGCCAUUUUGGCAGUUCAAUGAAUAAAAAUGGCAGCCUAAAAUUUAUUUCACCUGCAAAAAAUGUUUAGACUGGCAGGCCAUAUUUUUUGUCUACUUCGAGCCUUGGUAAGUAGUUUGUAGAUUUCGUUCCAGAAAUCCGUUUACGUCAUCAUAUAUUAGUGUCACUUUGCUGUCAAAGUAAUGUGAUUUCUGUUGCAUGUAAUUAUAUGAAAUAUUAAUUUAGUUAGUCAAAUUAGCCACAUUUUAUUAUGUAUUCUGAACACUCGUAAAUCCAUUUUCUGAAAAGGAUAUGACGUCAAGCACUUUUAAAAAUGGCUCCCCCCUGUAUAUAAAGAUGCCCUGAAAGGAUACAGUAAUUUGAUUUUGAUUUAUUUUCUUGUUGUCUCUAGGUCGUAAUACUGGAACAUAAAUCUAUAAUUUGUCCUGGAUACAGUUGUAUAUUACACAUACAUAAUGUAGUGGAGGAAGUAACGUUACUGGUAUAGUAAAACUCAAUGUACUUUGUUGCGAGUCAUGAAUAGAUAUGUUCUUUGUAUAUAGGAUGUGGAACCCAGGGGUCAUUAAAGUGAAGACCGCUGGGACCGAUGGUCGCAGGCACAUUUCAAAAACAACUUUCUUGCAGGCACAUUUUUUAAAACGUUUGAAACCAGAAGUUAUAAAAUAAAUUUUAUAAUUCUUAGUUUAUUAUGUAUUUUCCUAUCUGUUACUAUUAGUCAAUUAAAAUCUUCGUUGAUAGAGACACUGACAAGUUAAAAUUUCUAGAGAACAACUACCAGUGCACGGUGCACUCUCUGAAGCUCCGAGAUUAAAAUUCUCGAUUUCUUGGGCCAAAAAUAUAUAAAGCCAUAACUCGUUACAUAUAAGCCAGCGUAUUGAUUGGCAUCUAUAGUAAUUCAUGGCUGAUGACUCAUCACGUCGUGAUUUCGCAUGUUGCAUGAAGGCAUUUUGCAGGCACAUUUUCAAAUAAUUUGUGUGGUCGCAGGCACACAAAAAAGUUAAUGACAUCUGGUGGAACCAAGAAUUGUUUCAUUUUCUUGGAAAACACCAUGUGUAAAAAAGUUCAUAUUUAAAUCAUUGUUUCUCUUGCAGGGUAUAAUAGCACUGAUAGAUAAAAAAUCUGGAAAGAAAAGUCAAACACAUCCAAGGUAAGGUUUAAAUUUAGUGUCCUGCCUGACUUUCACUUACACACGUAAAAACGCACAAGUUGUUACAGGUCUGCAAACAAGUUGUUACAAAUCUGUUCACAAGCUGUCAACAAGUUGUGUUCGCACUGCUUGUUCCCAGUUGUUGUAACAAGUUUGGAACAAGCUGUUAACAACCUGUAACAAGCUUGAUGGCAUUAUCAGACUCGCUACAAGAUUGUUCUAACACGUCUGAUACAGUCAUGAUAUAACAAGAAUGUUACAAGUUUGAUGACACAAGGUUUAACAAUAUUGUUAUAUCAUGACUGUAUCGGACUUAUUAGAACAACCUUGCAACAAGUCUGAUAAUAUCGGCAAGGUUGUUACAAGUUGUUAACAGCUCGUUCCAAACUUGUUGAUAACUUGGAACAAGCAGUGCGAACACAACUUGUUGACGGCUUGUUAGCAGAUUUGCUACAAGAUGUGAGAUUUUUGCAUGUGUAGUUUUCAUAUAAGAUAGACCGAGACUAUUUCACUUCGGUCACAAUGACUUGGCCUCUUUGGUAAACAACUCCUUCUCAAUUUUGUACUUUAGAUUUGUAAAACAAGAUCAGAUAUGCGUGGCUAAAUUUCAGACUGCGGGCAUAGUAUGUAUGGAAACGUUUGCAGAAUUUCCUCAAAUGGGAAGAUUCACUCUUCGAGACGAAGGUAGGUCAUGAACUGUCCUCAGUGCAAGGCCGGAUUUUGGUGGAAAUAGUGUUUCUAGGUCACGAUCCCUAUGGAAAGUUAGGGCUUAAAAACGGGCCAAAAUCAACAACAUAACGUAUGCAUGUAGUGUACAUAUUUUAUAUCAAAACAUUGCAUUAAAAAGGUAUUUGACACAGAGAUGAAUGGCAUCGCAGUUUCAAUUUUACAGAAAAACCUUGUAGACCCUAAGCAACCAAACAAUAUCAAAUUUUCACUUUGAUCUAUCAUUGAAACUUUCCCAAGGGGAGGGCAUGAGUGCAUGACUUUUCAAUUUUCAUGGGAGGUGCAAAAAUUCUCAGGGGAGGUGCAAAACGAUCUCAGAGGAGGGCGCACCUCCCCACACCUCCCCUCAAAAUCUGGUCAUGCUUUAGUGGUAUCGAAGGGAAAUUUAGUCGCCUUGAGAACAACGAGACAGCUUCGUUUUGUAGAAAACUUUCAUCUAAUUCUCUAAUUGGAGAAAGUCUUCUGAACAGCUCGACAUGACCUAAAUUAUACUUUUUUUGUUUUAACAUAUUUAUACUGAUAUACUUCCUGUAAAUAUAACGCACUUCUUUGUAUUUUUAGGAAAGACUGUUGCAAUUGGGAAAGUUUUAAAAUUGAAAGAAUAAAGAAUAGAAUACGGGAAUAUCUUACUGUAACGAUAUAUGACGAAAGCAGCAUAGCCAUUGAGGAUAUGACCAGCUAGCUGCGACCUCUAUAUGCAGUAAUAUUCACUAGAACUAUAAGCUAAAUUUUUAUCAUGCUUAGUACAGAAAGUGAAAACAAAAGCCAUGGUAACUAGUCACCAGUGGGGGCCAUCCCUUUACUCGUCGACUGUCUCGUCGACAUCAGCCUACGGGAUCAUUGCAUUAAUUUAAAUACGAUGAAACCAUUGAACUCUAUAAAGGGAACUGGAACGAUAACUCGAUGCCAUAUUAUUGGUUCUCUAUCUCAUUUACAAGGCGAGCCGUAGUAAAUCUGUCACAUAUCGGAUGCGAAUGCUUUAUAUUACUUAAAAUACAAAUGCAUCUUAGCAUAGGCGUACUGGAGGACAAAUUGGCGGCCGGGACAAAAAUUUGCCCGAUUUUUAUUAAAUUGCCCGACCAAAGAAAAUUUUUUUUCGUUAUAUACUUCCCCAAAGUUGUGUCGGGGGGAGGGGUUUCCAGUCCCCCAAUCAAGUUUUAAACAUUCGUUUCGUCUGAAUAUUCCUUCAUGAAUUAUCAAGGAUUUUUUAAAGAAAUUUUAAUGAUUUUCUUUUAUAUACAUUUGCAUGUAAGUUCGCCGCGAUUUGCCCACGACUAAUACUAUAUUUAGAAUAGAUAUUCUGUUAUCAUUUUAACAAGCGGGUGUUGAAUUUGUCAAAAAUCAGUUCACAAAAUUCGGUCACUAUUUACAAGCGGCUCACCACAAUGGCAUUCUUUAUAAACCUGUUAGUAGUUUUGAGUGAUUGUCGGGUGCAGUUUCUUUUUGGAACAGGGGUGGACCAGCAAGAUCUGUUGUGGGAGGUGGGGGAGGUGGUGGUCAUUGAUCUUUGGUCAUGGUUCAGAGUGAGACUGUUGACCAAGUGUGUAAUUGCAAGGGAAAACUACAGCAACAAGGAACUAAUCUGUAGUCUUGCUUGACAAUUUCACAAUUAUGUUACCAUCUCAUCUCAUGACUUUUGAUUUUUUUGGUAAUUGCCUUUUCAAAUUAAGAAUUGAGUUAAUAAAGACAUUGACAGCCCCGCACCAGCCCC